GUAUAAUCAAAAGUAGCAGAUCUGUGUGCGCCCCUGGAUUACCAGCUUGUUUCUGAAGAACCACAUCAGUUUCAGUUGUUGGGUGGUCACAUAUUUCGGUAUCAGUUCCUACUGUCUAUUAUGCCCUUGUGAGAACUCCUAUUACCCUCGAAACUAAGCUUGCGUGUAGGGAAAUGUUCUGUUUCGAGCCUCAUAUACGUUUGACUUGGUAUAAGUAAUUAAGGAUGUGCGUUUUAACUUAGAAAAGAUUUAACUGAACUCCACUUGCACAAAAUAUACUGGGGCCGUACUAGUGAAGAUAUUUCCCCCAAGUGGUUGUUGAGCCAUUAAUUCCUUGUUUCCCCCAAGUACUAAUCUCUUCGUUUAUUCUUCUUUUUUUAUGAUCACUAGAUGUGUUAAAUGAUGAUCUUUUUGGUGUAGUUGUCUCCCAUCGAAUAUGCCAAGACCAUUAGCUGAUCCAUCAUUGUUUGCGGUCCACAUCACUAUCCCACCCACAUUGUUGUUUUCCAGUGAUUCGAUUGUGAUAGGAACUCCAUAACCACAUAAAAAUAUCGAUGUGCCAUGGGACCUUAGGUUGGGGAUUAGGAUGGGGCGUCUUAGCCUCUCCAACCACUUCUUGGUUUAGUCUAUUCGGCUUGCUUGGUCUUCCAUGGCUACUUUCCCUGAAUAUUCAAUUAGCUGGGAUCCAGAUUUAAUCUACUCUUAGGACCUGCCUCCGAGUCCACCAUGCACGCUGCGGCUACAUAUUAUAGAAUGCAAACUAUCUUCCAUGGAUUUCUUCCCAAUGUAUCGAGCUGCCAAUCAUGACUCCUGCCUUUCAACACGGGUGCCGUGAGUUCUUCAACCAGAACAGUUUACAACAGAUAGUAUACUGAUUGCCAUGGAAGGUGGGGGAAUGGAUCAGGGUUGCAUGGCUGCCAUCACCAACAAACCAAUAGUGUCUGAUACUAAGCCGAUGAAGAACAUUAGUGGGGAGAUGCCUGCAACUGCAACUGCUGGAAGUGGUUCCUUUGACUGCAAUAUCUGCCUUGACUUUGCCGCAGAUCCAGUUGUUACCCUCUGUGGCCAUCUCUACUGCUGGCCUUGCAUCUACGAGUGGCUGCGCCCAUCAGUGGGAUCAGCUUCCACUGACAACAGGACUUUGGCCAGGCAGCAGUGUCCUGUGUGCAAGGCCGCACUAUCUGCCGACAGCCUUGUGCCACUAUAUGGCCGUGGCGGUAGCUCCAAGAAAUCGCUGGAUGGCAAGGCCAUUCCACGACGGCCAAUGGUGCACCGGGAGAAUGUCGAGCACCAGCACGCACAAAGCGCUGUCGACCACCGGCACCAUCAGAACAUGGUGGAGCCCAUCCCUCCGCUCCGGCCAUUGCGGCAUGCGCACCACCACCAUUCUGGUGCCACCGAAUUCGACUUUGUCUACCCUCAUUCGCCAAUGGGGCGAGGCCUGAUCCACUCGACGGCUGGAGGGGUGCUCGGAGGGAUGGCAGAGGCGGUGCUUCCAUGGGCAUUCCGAGGCCAGAUGCCGCCGAGCAUGUACUACACAAGUCCUUACUCUGUCGCAGAUAAUACCUUGGGUCCCCGGCUGAGGCGGCAGCAGAUGGAGGUGGAGAGGUCUCUGCACCAGAUCUGGUUCUUCCUCUUUGUGUUCGUGGUGUUGUGUCUCCUCUUGUUCUGAAGCAAGAGGCUCUUGUGUUCUGAAGAGGCAGUAUACAAGCUUGUGUAUAUAGUGAAAGGCGAGAUACUGCUUCUGGAGGGGAACAAAAAGGAAAGGCAAGAUACUAGAUCUUAUAUAGUGAAGAGGGUGAGGUUUAAUGCUGUUAACGGUUCUCGAUCGAUAAGCAUGUGCCUUGAACCAUGCUGAUAUAGAGUUUGUAAUGUGACGAGAUUUGGAGGUGAAAUGCAAAUUCCAUUCUCGUCUUGCCCAAAAUGUACCAGGAAGGACUCCCAUCACCUGAACGGUAUGGCUUGUUUGGGUUUGCCUAUAUCUGUUACUGCCAUGUAAUGCAUCAAUGAGCACCGUUUUUGUAAAGAAAAUCUGCAUUGGUUGUGGUUUGGUGCUAA